AUGCCGUCCCUGCUGGUGCUCACUUUCUCCGCGUGCGUCUUGCUUGUCUGGGCGUUGCUGGUCGGCAGCACCCGUGGCGGUGGCGGCGGGAGCGCCAGCCUCGGCGGAUGGCGCCGGGAGAGAGAAGUGCUGCAGCCGCAGAAGAUCGAGGUGCUGGUGCUGUUGCCCCAGGACGACUCGUACCUGUUCUCUCUGGCCCGGGUGCGGCCGGCCAUCGAAUACGCGCUGCGCAGCGUGGAGGGCAACGGGACCGAGCGGCGGCUUCUGCCACCCGGCACUCGCUUCCAGGUGGCCUAUGAAGACUCGGACUGCGGCAACCGCGCACUUUUCAGCCUGGUGGACCGCGUGGCGGCGGCGCGCGGCGCCAAGCCGGAUCUCAUCCUGGGACCCGUGUGCGAGUACGCAGCAGCGCCCGUGGCCCGGCUUGCGUCGCACUGGGACCUGCCUAUGCUGUCGGCAGGGGCACUGGCCGCCGGCUUCCAGCACAAGGACACGGAGUACUCACACCUCACGCGCGUGGCACCCGCAUACGCUAAGAUGGGUGAGAUGAUGCUCGCCCUAUUCCGCCACCACCAGUGGAGCCGCGCCGCACUGGUCUACAGCGAUGACAAGCUGGAGCGGAACUGCUACUUCACCCUCGAGGGGGUCCACGAGGUCUUCCAGGAGGAGGGCUUGCACACGUCCGCCUACAAUUUCGAUGAGACCAAAGACUUGGACCUGGACGACAUAGUGCGCUACAUCCAGGCCAGUGAGCGAGUGGUGAUCAUGUGUGCGAGCAGCGACACCAUCCGGGGCAUCAUGCUGGCGGCGCACAAGCAUGGGAUGACCAGUGGAGACUACGCCUUCUUCAACAUCGAGCUCUUCAACAGUUCUUCCUACGGAGAUGGCUCGUGGAAGAGAGGAGACAAACAUGACUUUGAAGCUAAGCAAGCAUACUCAUCCCUCCAAACAAUCACUCUACUGAGGACAGUGAAGCCUGAAUUUGAGAAGUUUUCCAUGGAGGUGAAAAGUUCUGUUGAGAAACAAGGACUCAAUGAGGAGGAUUACGUUAACAUGUUUGUUGAAGGAUUCCACGAUGCCAUCCUCCUCUAUGUUCUGGCUUUACAUGAAGUACUCAGAGCUGGUUACAGCAAGAAGGAUGGAGGGAAAAUUAUCCAGCAGACUUGGAACAGGACAUUUGAAGGUAUUGCUGGGCAGGUGUCCAUAGAUGCCAACGGAGACCGGUAUGGGGAUUUCUCCGUGAUCGCUAUGACAGACCCCGAGGCGGGCACCCAGGAGGUCAUUGGUGAUUACUUUGGAAAAGAAGGUCGUUUUGAAAUGCGGCCAAAUGUCAAAUAUCCUUGGGGACCUUUAAAACUGAGAAUAGAUGAGACCAGAAUUGUGGAGCAUGCAAACAGCUCUCCUUGCAAAUCAUCAGGUGGUCUAGAAGAGUCAGCAGUGACAGGAAUCGUUGUGGGAGCCUUACUAGGAGCUGGCUUGUUAAUGGCCUUCUACUUUUUCAGGAAGAAAUACAGAAUAACCAUUGAAAGGCGAAGCCAGCAAGAAGAAAGUAACGUUGGAAAACAUCGAGAGUUACGGGAAGAUUCCAUCAGAUCCCAUUUUUCAGUGGCUUAAAAGAAAGCCUUUUCUUUUGGCCUGAGAUUCUUUAAGGAGAUAGAUGGGAUGAAAGACAUCAAUGGAACAGAAGGGGCGCUCUUGAAGAACUCAUUCUUUUAAGCAGUUAGUCAUUUCAUUGUAAAAUUUCUUUAGAAGCUCAGGAACUAUAAUUAAUCACCAUAUGCCUCCUGGCCUUUCACCCGAUUACAAACAAAUAUGAGAAUACAACAUCACUCUGUUAAAUGUUCAUACUGUUGCAAGGGCAUAUGAUUAGAUUUAUGUUUGAAAAUCUGAUGUCUCCAUAUCUUGAUGGUUUUUGGGGGCAUUUCAUAUAAGGCUACAAAAAUGUGGUUUUCUUAAAUGAAAUGUUUUAUAGCUAGAAUAAGAUCAUUUUUACGAGUAGAAUAUUCUUGGAAAGAAUUUAACAUCCAAAAAGAGGAAAAUGUAAUGAAAAAUCCCAAGGUUGGAAAUACAGUGUU